AUGGAUAAUCUGUUAGGUAUCCUCCGCGUUCGCGUCAAACGCGGCGUUAACCUCGCCGUCCGUGACGUCUCCAGCAGCGAUCCUUACGUCGUCCUCAAGCUUGGCCGUCAGGUAGGGUCCUCUAACUUCUUUCAAAGAUUGUUUCACCGACUCACACACACAAACUCUCAAAUUCUUCUUUCGCAGAAACUCAAGACCCGUGUGGUGAAGAAGAACGUAAACCCACAAUGGGAAGAAGAUUUAACAUUCACAGUCACCGACCCGAAUCUCCCGCUUAAUCUGGUUGUGUACGACCACGACUUCUUUAGCAAGGAUGACAAAAUGGGAGACGCAGAGAUCGAUUUAAAUCCUUACAUCGAAGCCUUACGAAUGGAACUCUCCGGUUUACCGGACGGUACAAUCAUAACGACGAUCCAUCCGAGCCGGUCCAAUUGCUUGGCUGAGGAAAGCUUCAUACGGUGGAGCAACGACCGAAUCGUUCAGAACAUUUGUCUCCGUCUCCGUAACGUCGAGCGUGGUGAAGUCGAGAUUGAGCUCCAGUGGAUUGAUCUUCCCGGUUCUAAAGGUUUGUGA